GUGUGUUGUCUAAAUGUUGCCCAGCUGUGUUGUUUACAUGUUGCCCAGCUGUGUUGUCGAGAUGUUGCCCAGGUGUGUUGUCGAGAUGUUGCCCAGGUGUGUUGUCGAGAUGUUGCCCAGGUGUGUUGUCGAGAUGUUACCCAGGUGUGUUGUCGAGGUGUUACCCAGGCGUGUUGUCGUGAAGUUACCCAGGAGUGUUGUCGAGAUGUUACCCAGACGUGUUGU